CUCACUUCUCACAUCUCUCAAUGACUAUUCCGCCACACGCCGACAACAACUCCUAGAGCCCAUCGCCAAACUACCCAAUGCUCUGCGAUGGCACAGUUAGUAUCGGACUUCAUAAUUACUCCAGUACUUCGACAAGCCCGUCGUUUCUCUUCUGGUUUCGCCAACAAUGACGGCCCCGCGAACGACGGCCCCACAUUGCAGGCCCGGAGACUGAGGACGUGGUCGAUUGGGGGCGCCGGUGCCAAUGGAAGCGCAAUCAUGGAGCAGGAGGAGCAUGCGAGGCGGCCGACAUGGGAGACAUUUCCGGAAUCCCCAAGCAGCGCUGUGACGCCUGUAACGACGCCCGCCCAAGAAAUCCUAGUCGAAGGCGCUUUCCCGUCGCCAAACGCGGGCAGCUCCCGGAUCACCCUCGACGACCAUAGCGUGGCCAGACCCAGAUCAACCGUUAGUUCAGAACCCAGUCAGCAAUCAUCAAACACACCACCCGCCAACGCCGCGACAGACGCAACCGCUGGGAUGAGUUGGCCGGUGCUAGAGGCGACGAGAGCGAGUCCGCUACCCGAGGAUGACGGGAUGGGGGAUCUCCGGCGGAGGAUACAGGCCAUCCGGCUGAUGGAUGCCCCGGAGAACACAAAGGCACAAAUGCUGCACCGAUUGUUGACGGAGAAGUACACGAGAGCACAGCUGUCUUCCAGGUCUGCCCACGCUUCGUUAAGACCAGUAUCCCCAGCAAGCUCCAGUACACUUGACCCGCCGGAGUCGGUGGAGCAUAUUGGACCGUUGCAGGCCUUCAUAAAAUGGAACCCGCUCGGCGACGGAUGGGGGCCGCUCAAGCUGCCGCUCACUGAGGAGGACCUCACCCCGACUUAUGCGCCCAACAGGCCGCCGGCUGACGAAAGGCAAUGGUAUCAUUUAGAGGAGCAAGAGGCGGAGGAAGACGGGGAGAGGCACCUCGGGUGCGAGCACUACCGCCGCAAUGUCAAGCUGCAGUGCGCCUCCUGCGAGCGGUGGUACACGUGCCGGCUUUGCCACGAUGCCGUCGAGGACCACGUCCUCCCGCGCCAACGGACCAAGCACAUGUUGUGCAUGCUGUGCGGUUGUGCGCAAAGGGCGUCGGACACAUGCAUAAAGUGCGGGCAAUCGGCCGCCUACUACUACUGCGGCAUUUGCAAGCUCUGGAACGAUGAUCCGAACAAGCCCAUCUAUCACUGCCCCGACUGCGGACUGUGUAGGGUUGGCCAGGGGCUUGGCAAGGACUUCUUCCAUUGCAAGAAAUGCAUGGCUUGCAUCUCCAUUUCCAGCUUGGACAAGCACAAGUGCAUCGAACGCUCCACCGACUGCGACUGCCCGAUCUGCAACGAGUACAUGUUCAAUUCGCCCAAGUCCGUCAUCGUGAUGCAGUGUGGCCACAGCAUCCAUCGGCUCUGCUUCGAAGAGCACAUGAAGACGUCGUACAAGUGCCCACUCUGCAACAAGUCCUGCAUCAACAUGGAGUAUCAGUUCCGCAAUUUCGACAUCGCCAUCCUCAACCAGCCCAUGCCGCCCGAGUAUGCCGACGCCCGCGCCGUGAUCUCGUGCAAUGACUGCUCCGCCAAGACCCAAACCGCGUAUCACUGGCUAGGGCUGAAAUGUGCGGUUUGCAGGUCUUACAAUACGACCCAGGUGCAGCUGUUGAAUAUGCCUAGCGGCGAUAGCGAGCAACAGCAACAUCUAUCACCACCACCACCACCACCACCACAACAACAACAACAACAACAACAACAACAACAACAACAACAACAACAACAACAACAACAACAACAACAGCAGCAGCAGCAGCAGCAGCAGCAGCAGCAGCAGCAGCAGCAGCAGCAAACAUUGCAGCCUCAACUAACCCAACAGCAGCCGGUAGCACUGGACCCAGCCUUCCUCUCCGAGCAACUGCAGGUACAGGAGCGGCAGCAACGCGAGCGAGACCGGGACGGCGAGCCGGAGCGAAGCUUUGCCCUGCUGUCCUCCUCCCCAUUAUCCUACUCGCCCGUGUAUUUAUUUAGAUUGCUCUACCGCACUGCGUUGUCAGACCCGCAACUGGCUGGCCCGUCAGCACCGUCGUCCGCUCCUUCUACUGCAACCUCCUCGCAUCUGCAUGUCCCCGCUCUCGCCGUCACUCGCCGCCCCGACGUGCGACACUCUGAGCAUGAAGAGGAGGAGGAUGGUGAUGAAGACAACGGAGAGGAUCACAUGCUGGAUCUGUUUGGCGCCUGGGACCGGGAUUUUGACCGCAUGACAGGUCUCACAUCGGCUGAAAGCGCGGUGGGCUUUGAUGAUGACGAUGAAGAGGAUGAGGAAGACGAAUCGGAAGACGAGAGGGAAGAUGGAGACGAGGAUGACGAUGAGGAAGAGGAGGAGGAGGAGGAGGAGGAGGAUAUCCUGCUUCUUGGGCACAGAUAGGGUCUGUGAGGUAUCACUUCGUCAGCUUGGUUUUGUACACGGAGGGAUCGCGAACCACACUUACUGCCUGACCUCGAGAGCCCAGGGAGUUAGAGAUGGGGUGGAAGCUGAAUUUCUCACCGCAUAUGGGUUCACUAGUGACUGGAAAGGCAAUAUGGGGUUUGGUUUGGCUGGGAGUUUGGGCGAAACAGGAGUCGGCUCUGUCUGGCAUGGGAUGGCAUAGAUGGGUUUGCGCUGGCGUGUUUUUGGGCGGCAUUCGACAGUUCUGGGUUAUACAUAGCGCAUUGCAUCAUGGGUUAUGACGGUAAUGUACCCUAAGAGUACCUAGUA